AUGGAAAAAAUCCAAGAUAAUGAUAAAUCUCGCCGUUUAAUUAUAAUAUCAUUUUGGGUAGUAAUAUUAAUUGGACUUCCUUUGUGGUGGAAGACUACUGAGGUGUAUCGAGCCCAACUUCCGUUUGCAGAAAUUGAGGAAUGGUCUAAAUGGGAGGCUUUCGAUCUAAAUUUUCCUAUCAAUUUUAUUAUACAUAUUGCAGAUGCGAAAUCCGAUGUGAAUGAUUAUAAAACAUUUUCUAACAGGAUUGAAAAUUCAAUUAUAUCGAAAUAUAAUUCGAUUUACUCAAUUAAUAAUGAUACUGGUUAUCCAAAAUCUAUUCAUUUUCCAGUUAAGAUUGAAGUUGUUAAAUGGAGUACUUGGAUGAAUACUCUUCAAGAAGGUUACGAUUCUGAUUUAUUAAAAGUUUCGGUAAAUAAAAAUGGACAAUAUGGCUUUUAUAUUUUACCGAGAAAUAAUAGUUCAAAAACUAGAAUAUUGGUUGGAAAUCAAAGGCAAGCAAUUGUCGAAAUGGAUCAUUGGAAUAUUGGCAAGCAUUUUAUUUUACUUAAUAUGUCUAGAAUAAUUUCUGAUACAUUAAAUAAAAUUUUGUUUGCUAUAAAGAAGUUCAUAAGAGAGCCAUCUGCUGAAGCAAAAGUGGAUGUUGAUAGUAUGAGAACAAUGAAAUAUUCACCAAUGUAUCAAGUAACCUUUAGUCUCAUGAAUGAAAAUCCUUCAACUCUACUCGUAGAUUGGGAUAUUAAACAAGCAGUUAUCAAAUAUUUAAAGCCAUUUGUCGACAAGAUAUCAAUUAUUUCCAAUUUGACUGUAGAUUCGCAAAUCCAGCAUUAUGCACGAUUAACUUUUGAGCCACAAAAAAAUUUACAUAAUGAUGAAAACUACUUUUAUCUUACACCAGAUUUAUUACCUCAUUUUAUCAAUGCAGCAGAAUGGAAUCUUGCCUCGGCUGUAUCGUCUUAUCCAACACUUAAUUUUAUUUUGUAUGUUCCUUCCAAGGAUCAGAGUCCAUUAUACAUUAAAGAUUCAAAAGGAAAUAUUAUGGAAAAUAAUGCAUUUCUAAUACCAAGAUGGGGUGGUGUAAUAAUUAAUAAUCCAGAUCGAUCAGUAGGAACUUAUAUGUUUACCUUUGAUGAAUUAAAGUCAGUUAUGUCCAUAUUUAUCAUGCAACUGAGAGGUUUAUUGGGCGUUCAAGAUUUUUGGAUGGAGGCUAGAUCUGGUUUGGAUUCAUCAAUAAAUGUUGAAUUUAUGUCGCCACCGAGUACUGCUAUUACAAUGUGGGAGCUUGAUAGCCUCGUACGAAGACGCAUUGCCGAAAAUAUUGUUUCAACAAUUUCAACCUUGAAAUCUUUAUCUCAAUUGGUUGCAGAAAUUCCAAAUAUGGUGGUACUUGAUCAUAUACAAACUGAGGUGUUGUUAGCAUUGGAUAGCUUGAAAAAAUCUUGUGCAAGCUUGCAUGCAGGACAGUAUGAAACAGCUUUGCAACAUGCAAAAAAAGCGAUUGAAAGGGCAGAAUCAGCAUUUUUUGAUCCUACAAUG